UCCAAAAAUACGUGCCCUCAAGCGGAUCAUCGGUUUUUCCUUUCUCACCCGCUUCGAUUUGAAAUCGAAAAAUCGGAAGAAGAAACCCUUAACAGAAAAUUUAAGAAAAGUUGGCGAAAAGACAUAGAAGAUGAAGACGACGAAAGGAGGCAAAGUAAUGAACCCUACGGACGCUUACCGUAAGGAGCUCCGUAAGAAAGAACUUAAACGGAACAAGAAGGAAAGAAAGAAGGUGAGGGAGGUAGGGAUUUUGAAGAAAGAUCCACAGGCGAUCAUGGAACAGAUUGAGAAGUUAGAAAUGAUGAAGGCUGAAGGUGCUUUAGACAAAGCAAGAAAACACAAGAAGAGACAACUUGAAGACACACUUAACCUUGUCUUAAAAAAGAGGAAGGAAUAUGAAGACAAAAUGAAGGAGAAGGGUGAGACCCCUGUUAUGUUCAGUCACUUGGGGCCACCUCGGAGAAGGACAACUGCAGAAGAAGAGGAGAGAUCGAAGCACCCUAAGCCUGAAGACUCUGUUUAUUAUCACCCUACUCUCAAUCCUACAGGGGCUCCACCACCUGGAAAGCCGCCCAUGUACAAAUCAUCAAUAGGACCUAGAAUUCCCUUGUCUGCUGCAUCAUCAAGUGCUGCUCCGUCAUCCUCAAAUACAGAGUCAGAGGAUGUUUCUGUAGCUGUUCCACCUCCACCUCCUCCACCGCCACCUCCUUUGCCAGAGACUGGUAUUUCAAACUCAGUGGAUGGCUCUGUUGUGCCUGCAUCUUUGCCUCUGCCACCCCCACCUCCUAUGCCACCCAAGCCUGCCACGGCAAACUUGGGUAUUCCUUUGCCUCCACCGCCUGGGCCACCACCACCUCCUGGUCCCCCACCUAAAGAGCAAGUUACAGUUCGCCCUCCACUACCUCCACCUCCACCCCUUCUACAGACUUCACAGCCACCUCCUCCUGGAACUAGUGGAAAUGAAAAAGAGAAAAUAUCUGUACUGUCAGAUGAUUCGACCUCCAAGGAGCUGGCUCAGGUGCCUCCUGUCCUCCCUCCCCCUCCUCCUGGACUGCCCCCUAAAUUGGCAAUUAGCCAGGCUGAAGGUGCUCCCUCAGAAGCUGAUGCCAAUAACCAUCCAGCCACAAAAGAGGCUCCUAAAAUGGUUCCGCCACCCCCGCCCCCUCCCAGGCAACAACCUCCAGUCCCUGGACCUGCCAUGGUCCCAGCCUUACGGCCUGAUGUAUUACCCCCUGGAAUAUCACGUUUCCCUCCACCACCACAUCCAGACAUGCGGGCACCCCUAUCUGCUACUGGACUUCCUGGUCAAGCUGCUCCUUCUGGAAUGAUGGUCCCACUAAUUCCAAGACCACCUUUUGGCCCUCCACCAGGACCUCCACCAAUGAUGAGACCGCCACUUCCACCUGGUCCUCCUCCUACUGCACUGGAUGAUGAUAAUUCUGCAAAUCGACCACUCUUACCACAGAAGCCAUCAUAUGUUAAAUCUGCUGCAUCUACUGUUGUUAAGCGGCCAUUGGCUCAGCAUCAACCAGAACUUACAGCUAUGGUUCCUGCAUCAGUUCGAGUCAGGAGGGAGACUGCUGCCCCAAGAGCAAAACCAAAGCCUUUACUGUCAACCACUACAGUGAACGCUAAGCCUGUAGCUCCUACCAUUGUGAAGCCAGAAUCAACCUCAUCAUCAGCUCCAAAGGGACAGAGUAUUGAUGACUCGUACAUGGCAUUCUUGGAGGAUAUGAAGGCACUUGGUGCACUUGAUAGCACUUGAUAGCUGAUAUUUGCUAUAGCUGUUGAGAUGUCAAGGAAAAGAGGAGCCACCAGUGCAAUCAGAAUGAAGCAUGUACAAGCUAUUUUUACAGAUGUUGCUUGAGCGAUAUUUAUUGAUCUUGGGGACCAUUUUUUCGAUGUUUUGUUUUGUCAUGGUGUCUCAUUUUUCUGUUGUCUAACUUUCAAACCUUCUCAGUUUGAUGAGAUUGUGUAAUUCAGGGCAGUUUUCCUCAAGUGAAUGAUAAAAUAUAUCUGCUCCAAGCAACAUAGGAAGUUUACUUGCAUUUUGAGAUUGGAAAUUGUAUUUUUUCCUACAAUUUACCCCUCCUCUGAUUUUGGGCACUCACUGAUUGUAUGUAUUAUCGAUUAACUGUUGCUCUGUUAACUGACAAAGUAUACUUAAUAAAAAGUUUAGGAGACUGGUCUCUUUUACAUUUAA